CGGGCGUCCGCCUGGGGCGGGGGCGGGGCCGGGCCGCCGCCGUCACUUCCGGUGUACACAGCCGGCCCGGGCGGUGCGCUGGGGGCCGCGGCGCGUCGCAGGAAAUGACUUAGAGGCCUUAUGAAUACAUUUGUGCGUUCUUGCUUCAGACUGUACAAUUGAGGGCCAACCCAGUCUGGAAGUACCUCUUGUUCCUGUUGCAAGGAAACCACUACCUCAGCAAACAAAAGGAAAGGAGGAGAAGACUUACGCCAUUUUUUACAAAGAAACCAACUUGCUUUCCAAAACCGUUUCGGCGUUGCUAAGAGGCUCUGUAGGCAAGUGGGUCUGACAGGCAGGCUCUGUCAGGGUUCUCCAGAGACUUGAUCUUCCUGCUCCCGGACUUUGUGUGAUGCAAUUCUCUACUGCUUUUAAAAUUGCUGUUGAUCAGCUUGUGGGUUCUGGGUUCUAACUUUUUUCAUAUAUUGAAGAUACAUUCUAUUACAUUUUUAAAAGUUAAGUUAUUUUUCUGCCACUGUAAAUAAAAAUAUCAGAAUAUUGUUGCAUAACAAUUAUAAUUAAAUGUUUUUCUUAGCAAUCAUAUCUUUUUAUUGAGAGUGGAAUGCUAAACAGUUUUUCUACAGCAUUUUGGACACACUUUUAUUUUUUGUCAGUGGUUCUGUGUGCACUGAAAAUACUAAUUAUAUAAAACCUGUUGUCCUCACAUCUACGUUGGAUCAUAUGGUCAUCUGCUUCAUAGAAAUGCCUUUUUUAAAACUCACAUUUGCAGAACUUCACUAUUUUUAUACCUAGCAACGGUUUUGAACAAAAGAAUAAAGAAAGGAAAAUUCAGGCCCUGACCUGCUUCCGGGCCCUGGGACAGUCCCCCUCCCGCAUGUAUUGCUGCAGUGCCCAGGACAGUAAAAUGGACUACAAGCGGCGCUUCCUGCUUGGCGGGUCCAAGCAGAAGGUGCAGCAGCACCAGCAGUACCCCCUGCCUGAGCUGGGCCGGGCCCUGAGUGCUCCCCUGGCAUCCACAGCCACCUCCGCCCCCCUGGGCAGCCUGACUGCCACCGGCAGCUGCCACCACACUAUGCCCCACUCCACCCCUAUCGCCGACAUCCAGCAGGGCAUCUCCAAGUACCUGGACGCCCUCAACGUCUUCUGCCGCGCCAGCACCUCCCUCACGGAUCUCUUCAGCACUGUGUUCAGGAACUCUCACUACUCAAAGGCGGCCCUGCAGCUCAAAGACGUGCAAGAGCAUGUAAUGGAAGCAGCCAGCCGGCUGACCUCGGCCAUCAAGCCCGAGAUUGCCAAGAUGCUGAUGGAACUUAGUGCCGGGGCUGCCACCUUCACAGACCAGAAGGAGUUCAGCCUCCAGGACAUUGAGGUGUUGGGGAGAUGCUUCCUGACUGUGGUGCAAGUCCAUUUCCAGUUUUUGACUCAUGCAUUACAGAAGGUCCAGCCGGUGGCUCACUCUUGUUUUGCUGAGGUUGUUGUGCCAGAAAAAAAGAAUAGCAACAGUGGCGGCAGCUUAUCCAGCAUGGGCCACACGCCAGAACUGGAGGAAGCUGUGCGGUCCUGGCGCGGGGCUGCCGAGGCAACAUCUAGGCUGAGAGAGAGAGGCUGCGAUGGCCGCUUGGCAGGAAUUGAAGUUCAGCAGCUCUUCUGCUCUCAAAGUGCAGCAAUUCCUGAGCACCAGCUAAAGGAACUGAACAUAAAAAUUGACAGUGCUUUACAAGCGUAUAAGAUAGCUCUGGAAAGCUUAGGUCACUGUGAAUAUGCAAUGAAAGCUGGCUUCCACCUGAAUCCAAAGGCAAUUGAAGCAAGUUUGCAGGGCUGCUGCAGUGAGGCGGAAGCCCAACAGACAGGGCGGAGGCAGACACCCCCACAGCCCAUGCAGUGUGAGCUCCCCACUGUUCCCGUGCAGAUAGGACCACACUUCCUGAAGGGUGUCUCCUUUAACGAGUCGGCCGCUGACAACCUCAAACUCAAGACGCACACAAUGUUACAACUCAUCAAAGAAGCUGGCUGUUAUAAUGGAAUCACAUCCCGGGAAGACUUUCCUGUGACUGAAGUGCUCAACCAGGUGUGCCCGUCCACCUGGCGGGGUGCCUGCAAGACUGCCGUGCAGCUGCUCUUCGGCCAGGCUGGGCUGGUGGUGGUUGACACAGCACAGAUUGAAAAUAAAGAAGCCUAUGCACCCCAAAUCAGUUUAGAAGGUUCCAGAAUCGUGGUUCAAGUCCCAUCCACAUGGUGCCUGAAAGAAGACCCGGCCACCAUGUCCCUGCUGCAGAGAAGCCUCGAUCCCGAGAAGACGCUGGGCCUGGUUGACGUGCUCUACACCGCUGUGCUGGACCUGAACCGCUGGAGGGCAGGGAGGGAACAGGUCUUACCCUGCAUACAGAUCCAGCUUCAAAGGGAAAUCUGUGAUUUGGGAAGUCACGCUGACCUGCCUUCUGGAAAUGGAAACAAAUCUUCAGGUGGCUUGCAGAAGACAUUCUCCAAACUGACGUCCCGGCUCACCAAGAAAGCUUCAUGUACCAGUUCAAGCAGCAACACAAAUUAUUCCAUCCCAAAUACCCCUUCCAAAAAUAUUUUCAUAGCUGGGUGUUCAGAAGAGAAGGCCAAAAUGCCCAGCAGUAUUGAUACACGGUUGCAAAGCAUUUUGAACAUUGGUAAUUUCCCUAGGACUACAGACCCUUCCCAGUCAGCUCAGAAUUCCAGUAAUCCAAUGGCCAAUGGUUUUCUCAUGGAGAGACAUGAGACCUUCCCACACGGGGAUGAUGGCAAGGAUGAGAAGGGGAUGAAUUUACCAAGCGAUCAGGAAAUGCAGGAGGUGAUUGAUUUUCUCUCCGGCUUUAACAUGGGCCAGUCACAUCAGGGUUCUCCACUGGUGACAAGACGUAAUUCUUCUACUGCAGCCAUGGUGACCGACCAGAAGGCAGGACCCAUGCAGCCACAGCAGCCAUCCCUGCCAGUGCCCCCUGCACCACGGCCACCCCAGGCUGGAGCACAUACCACUCUGACACCACAACCAGGACUGGCACCUCAGCAGCAGUCCCCAAAGCAGCAGCAACCCCAGGUUCAAUACUACCAACACCUGCUUCAGCCCAUUGGACCACAGCAGCCUGCACCCCAGCCUCGAGCCCCCGGGAAAUGGGUCCCUGGCUCGUCGCAGCAGCCAGCACAACCCGUUGGGCCAGGCCUGUCUCCUCUCGGCCAGUGGCCUGGCAUGUCUGACCUCAGCUCGGACUUGUACAGCUUGGGUCUCGUGAGCAGCUACAUGGACAAUGUGAUGUCGGAGGUUUUAGGACAGAAGCCACAGGGACCUAGAAAUAACACCUGGCCGAACCGUGACCAAAAUGAGGGUGUCUUUGGAAUGUUGGGAGAGGUUCUGCCUUUUGAUCCUGCAGUGGGCUCUGACCCUGAGUUUGCACGCUAUGUGGCGGGAGUGAGCCAGGCCAUGCAGCAGAAACGGCAAGCCCAGCACGGCCGCCGUCCAGGUCACCCCCGGGGCCACUGGCCUCCCAUGGAUGAUGCCCAUCGGACCUGGCCGUUCCCAGAGUUCUUCACAGAAGGGGACGGCCUGCACAGCGGCUGGGCUGGUGCUCAGGGAGACUCCGCCAGCUCGAGCGACGAGGCAUCCUCGGCCAAUGGGGACAGCUUGUUCUCCAUGUUUUCAGGUCCUGAUCUCGUGGCUGCUGUCAAGCAGAGAAGGAAGCACAGCAGUGGCGAGCAGGAGACCAGCACGCUGCCCUCACCACCUCUCCUCACUACCAUGGAGGACAUGAACCAGGAAAACAAAACCAAAACAUGGCCACCCAAAGCACCCUGGCAGCACCCCUCCCCACUUCCCAGCACACUGCCCAGCCCGAGCACACCACUCUAUGCAGUCGCCAGCCCCGGCAGCCAGUGGAACGACACCAUGCAGAUGCUGCAGUCACCAGUGUGGGCUGCCACCAGCGACUGCAGCGGCGCCUCCUUCAGCUACGUGCAGACUCCUCCGCAGCCUCCACCCCCACCAGCACACAAGGCGGCACCCAAGGGCUUCAAGGCCUUCCCUGGGAAGGCUGAGCGCAGGCCGGCUUACUUGCCCCAGUACUGAUCAGGACCAGCCUGCCUGCCUCCCCAGGCUGUUGGGGUGAGGGUACCCACCCCAGGGCCUACUGGCUGGCACCAGCCACCCAGAGGACCAGGGCACCCCUGUAUCACAGAAGAGGCUUCUCGGGGAUGGGGGUGGUUGGCAGCUCCAGACCUUGGAAACCUGGCUCCUCGGGUUUGGGAGGCAUCAGUCCCCCAGCAAGCCAGUCACCCCGGCUUCUGAGCCUCAGGGGGACGAGGGGGACACUGUGUGCUCACCAAGACCUCAGGCGAUUCUGAUGAGCAGGCAAGGCCUCCCUCAGAGGUUUGUAGGCCAGUCCGGCUGUGUUGGAAGCACCAGGACUGCAAGCGGAGAGCAAACUGACCGUCUCCUGAAACCCUCUCUUCUUUUUAACAUGUUGUGGUGACCAUACCAAUCACUGUAUUUUCUAGCUACUUUUCACUUAGGUUUUUAGUCAAAACUUCUCCUGCCUACUAAAACGCAUUGAAUAAUUUAAGAUAACACAUAACACUGGCUGGAGGGUCGUCUGACACUAUCUUCACUUCUGCUUCCACACCAAGGGCAAGGCUGAGAAUCGCUGUGACCAGGCACAGUCAGCAGGGCUUUCCCUGGGUGGACAGCUCCUCAUCAUGCUAGGGGUGCAGCCUUCACCAGAUUGAAAAAAAAAAAAAAAAAGAUGGGAAAACUGACAUGGGAGGCGUUUCUUGUUGUUCCUGGAGGUGAGGCAGCUGGCUGCUCCCAGAGCCUGCGCGCCCUGCCAGAGGCGCUGACACAGGCCUCACAGCGAGCACAGAGCAGGACUUCACUGAUGCCGCACAGCUGGCCAGGUGCGGGCACAUCUGGGGGCGGGCUUAGUGCACACAGGAAGGGCUGUAAGACAAGGAAAGCUUCCCCCUCCUUUUCACUUAACAUGUGCCAUUAAUAGAUGACAUCCUGUGGAUUGAGGGAAAUUUCCAGCCAGAAUGGAUCCAGACAAAUUGAAUGGUGCUUAAAUUGAGAAAUAAUCAUAAAUCUAUCUAUAUAGAGUAGACAGCCCAUUGUAUAUUAAUUGAGGUUACAAAAAGUCCUUUAUAUAAAACUUAUUUAAAGUUUUCAUAUUUCAUCUUUGAAAAAGUCUAGUUGAGAAAAAUCCAUAAUAUUUUCUUGUAUGAAAGUUUGACAGUAUUAAUAUUUUUUUUAUAUUUUCUUAAAUCAUUAAACCAUUUUAAUAUAUGUUAACUACUAAUAAAUGGUUUAUUCUUUCUAACUCCAUAUAAGCUUUUCCAGAAAAGAUUGUAAUAACACAUUUAUGUUCUCAUUUUUCUACGGAUAUAAGUAAAUUUAUAUUUAAAAAUACCAAAAGAAUAAAUCUAUCUAUCUAUAUGUAUGUAUGUACACACACACACACACACACACACACACUAAUUGUAGAGGACCCAUAAGGUGUCUGAGCCCAGCCACCUGAACCUUUAGGACUGUGUUGUCUUUUGGGGGAAUAGGGAUGCCACCACUGCCUGUCCCUGCGACCCUGGCACCGUGGGUUCCGAAUGUUCGCCUCACCAUGUUUACAGAGAACUCUUGUACAUAGACUCUUUCAGGCACGUGCUUUGCACCAGCCCGGCGUGGCUCUUGUCUGUGUUAGCUGUCACAGUGUGUGCAGUCUGUUCAAGUUGUUUGUGGCCGUUUGACUUGUAAGAUAGCUUUUUUCUUCAGUAAUGUGUCCACAGUACCCUGUAUCUCAAGUUCUAUUAUACUGAAGUACUCUUGUUUUCAUAGUGCCUCCCCAAAGACCUCACCCUGGACAGAAGUCAGUCCUUGCUGCCCCACUGCAGGUGACACUGCUGAUUGUCACUUUCCAGUUUGUUUUCUCUCUUAUGGAAGACAUUUUGUAAUUGCAUCUCCAUGGGCUGUGAGACUGUGUGAAGUUAUUUGUGUGGUCUCCAUGUAGGUGCUGUGUUCCCAGCGCCACCUUGCUCUGAACACUGGUAAUUCCAGGUGCUGCGCUCGGCAGAGGGGUCUCGCCAAAGCGCCUGUGUGUGCGUGUGUGUGUGUCCUCGGCAUGGCCGGGCCUGGCUGCCUUGCUCGGACAUCCGCAGGACACUGCGUGAAUAGUUAACAACGCUUCCAAACUGGAACUCUACAUUUUGUAUCUUUCAAAGCUCCUACAAGUAAAAUAACUAUUGGCUUUAUUAAAAGUAUACAUUUAAUAAUAA